CCGGUUCAGUCCUACCCAGGCUCAAUCGCUCAUGCAGCUGCCUCGGCUCAGCGACGGAGACUGUCCAUCAGCACGCUUGGUCUCUCUGCAUCGCCCAACUCGUCUCCUUUCGGCUCGUACAACAACCGACGAGACAGCUACGGCACUGCCGGCAGCGAUAGCAUCGACGAAUCCGCCAUCGAGGACGAGCCUGGCCCUGCCAAUGCAGCACCGCAGACACCAUUCGCGAGGCGCAUGUCGUUUGGAGCAAAGGCUUUGCGAGAUGUGAGGACAGGAGGGACAACUAGUCCCAGUCAGAAUGGCUCUGAAGGAUUUAAUUGGUCCGAAAACUUCCGUACACGUGCCGAGCGUUCUUGGGUUGGAGGGGGCUCUUCCGGCUUUGGAUUUGGCCAGAGCUCACCGCCUGGCCGACAGGAUAGGAGCAAGAGCGUUGCGGUCAUGGAGCCUCCAGCUCGCGAGAUGCCGAAGCCCAAGGAGCAGGUUCGGCCGGAUCACUUCCAGGAGAGAAUCCUCAAGGGCGACUUUUACAUGGACUAA